CCAAAUACGGAUCGUGAGAUCUGGAAAUGAAUGGCCACGAUCUGCAAUUAGGAACGAUUUCUUUGGGUCAUAAUAGUAGUGUUCUGUGUCAUGUAAGGGUACUGUAGGUAUAUAAAAUAUAAACAACUGCUUUCCGGUUUUUAAUAGCGGAUUAAUUGGGAUCAUUACUCCACACAUUAUUAAUCUGAUCGCGCCAUUCAAUUCGUCUCUCUCUCCCCAAAAUCUCAACUCAAAAACGCCCAAACCCUAGAAUCUGCUCUGAAAAACACACAAAUAUUCUUGCCAUCCGAAAAGCCCAAACCAUACAAAGCUCUACAAAUUAAUCAUCCCCUCCACUAUUUCAUCUUCGCCUGCACCAAAAAACGCCUCUGCGAGAAAAUCCGUUUCCGCUACCAAAAACCUAGUAAGAAUCCAAAACUCAACGAAGAAGGGGAAGAAAACUCUAAUUCAACCAUGGUCAACACAAGAGCUGGAUCCGCGUCUCAUGACGGAAAAGUUUAUCAAAGAACGACGUCGAAGAAAAAGCUACCAAUUAUCCCAAAAGCUCCGACAGGAAAUACGAUACCAAUUUCUGAUACGGGAACUCAUACAAAAAUCAUUCAAGCGUCUAAAGGGAAAGAGACGGAUAAACAAGUAUCCAAUUCUGGAAAAGGGUGAUCUCGCAAGAAGAAUCGGUUUGAAACAAGGAAAAAGAACUAACAUAAAUGGAGUACAGAAUUGUGUUGUUACACCACAGGCCGGAGUAAACAAGGAAGGAUGUAUCAAUGUGGAAGAGAUUGUAAAAUCAGCCAUGGCCGACUACAUGGAAGGCGGUGGAGAUGAUGCUGCUGAUGAAUUUUAUUCGGAAGCUUCGGGAACGAAAUCAAUACCAAUUUUGGAUAAUAAGCUUAUAAGCAAGGAUGAAACUAAUGAUAAUGAACUCGAUGUGGAAGCCAUUGUACAGUCUGCAGUGGAAGCGUACAUGGAAUGUGAUGAUGCUGAUGAGGAUUUUGUCACACCUUUCGCUAAAAAGUCAGAACCAAAACUGGGCAAAGAAUUGGUCGUCUAUACAAACGAACAACUACAUGACAACCAGCAAAAAUUGAAGAUGAACAUUCGCCCUAAGGCAGACUUGAGAUGUUCUAAUGCAUUGCGUUCACCAUUUCUUGAGAGAGCAGUUACAGUGUCAUGCAAGCUUACUCCAGAUGAACGAGUUAUGUAUUACUGGUUGCUGACUAUGGAUCUCGCCAAAUGAUUAUGUCGUAACUUAGAUUAGUGGAUCAUUUUGUUCAUUUCAUCAAAGAUAGUAUUUCUCUUGUUUUUGAAUCAUGUUUUAUUCAGCAUGUGGAUGUCAUUGGUACAACACAUUGUUUCAUCUAUAAGCUGAUAAAAAAUUCCCUUAAAA